AUGGCGGCUGCAGCCGCGCUCCGCUGCUGCUUCCCCGGCUCUGCAAUCGGUAGUGGCUUCGUCAGGUCCUCUUCCUCAAGGCGGGGCCGAAGCGCAGCGGCCGUAGCGGCGCCGUCGUGGGAGGCGGAGCCAGCCGCUUCGCUAGGGGACCUUGUACCAACUGCUAAGAUCUUAAUGAAUGCACUUAGCUAUCUUGAUUUAUUCCGUGUCCCAGGGAAUGGGUUUGAUAUGGGACAUCGUCCUGUUAGCCGCUGGGACAUCAAGAGAUCUUCCCAAGCCAUCGCCCUGAAAAUAGUUGGUUCAUGUGCCAAGUUUGAAACCAUCAUCCCGAAGAGUGCAAAGGCUACCGAUGCAUAUGAAGGUGCCAGAAGAAAAGUUGCAAGUUUCGUCAAUGUAGCUGAUAGCAGAGAGAUAGUUUUCACUCGUAAUGCUACAGAAGCUAUCAAUUUGGUAGCAUAUUCAUGGGGCCUAUCUAACAUAAAACAAGGAGAUGAGAUUGUUCUUACAGCUGCGGAGCAUCAUAGUGCCAUUGUUCCAUGGCAAUUUGUUUCCCAGAAGACUGGUGCCACUUUAAAAUAUGUUGGGCUGACUAAAGAAGAGGUUCCGGACAUUGAACAGUUAAAAGCUCUUCUUUCAAACAAGACAAAGAUAGUUGUUGUCCAUCAUGUCUCAAAUGUACUUGGUUCAAUGCUUCCUAUCGAGGACAUUGUAACAUGGUCAAAAAGAGUUGGAACUAAGGUUCUUGUAGAUGCUUGUCAAAGUGUUCCCCACAUGCCAGUUGAUGUUCAGAAGCUUGGUGCAGAUUUUCUUGUAGCAUCGUCACAUAAGAUGUGUGGCCCUACAGGCGUUGGAUUUAUGCACAGCACAUUUGAGAUGUUGUCAUCUAUGGAGCCUUUCUUAGGUAUUGAAUUUGUGUGUUCUCAUUUUGAUUGGCACACCUUGAAAACUACUGGAUGUAACAUAUUUGAGGCUGGAACUCCUUCAAUUGGAGAAGCUAUAGGAUUGGGAGCAGCAAUUGACUAUUUAUCAUGCAUUGGCAUGGAGCAGAUCCAUGAAUAUGAGAAAGAGUUGGGGACAUAUCUCUAUGAAAGCCUUCUCUCUGUUCCAAAUGUCCGAAUAUAUGGUCCGGCACCUUCCCAAACUGAUCACCGUGCUCCUUUAUGCUCUUUCAAUAUUGAGAAUGUUCAUCCUACAGACAUUGCAGAAAUUCUUGAUCUCCAGCAUGGCGUAGCAAUUCGAUCAGGGCAUCAUUGUGCACAGAUUUUGCAUAGGACCCUUGGUAUCAAUGCAAGUGCUCGUGCAAGUCUUCACUUUUUACAAUACAAAAGAGGAGGUGGAUGUUUUCAUCCAUGGGCUUAA